CGUAGUAAAAGCCUUUGGGGACUAGUUGAUGGGACAAAACUUGAACCACAACUAGUCCUUACGAAAGUUGUUGAUGGAAGGGCUAUGGAAUUGGAUGCAACCGAAAAAGAGAAGGUAAUGGCUGAAUACAACAAAAAAUGGGAAGAAUGGAGUGUUGGUCAUCACAAAAUCAUUACUUGGAUCUUGACUUGUGUUGACAAUGCUACUAGCGGGCAAAUCUCUAAAUUAAAUUCUGCCCUAGAAGCUUGGGAAUAUCUAAAGAAAACUCAUACCAUGAGAGAUGUUGCUUAUAUGCAUCAUGUUCAACUCAAAAUUCACAAUCUUCAACAAGGAGAUAGAUCCAUUAAAGAUUAUGUGGCUGAAAUGGAUCAAUUGUAUGAUGAAUUGAGUAUUUUUGAACCACAUUGGACACAAGAUCUUAUUCUUAGAGAAAAGCAAAUACAACGUGAGAAGUUUUACAAGUUUAUCAUAGGUCUUAGACCGGAAUUUGAUGGUGUCAAAACCGCUUUACUUCAUCGUUCUAAAACACCAUCUAUGAAUGAGGCUAUUGCGGAACUUCAAAUGGAGGAAAAUCGUCUUUGUCUUGAUAAAGAGAAAGUCAACAAUGUGCUUGCCACAUCUAGGCCGGGGGCCCACUUGAGACCUUAUAGACCUCCUCACUUCAAUCGUACAAAUGAAGGAACAAGGAGAAAAAUUAUUUGCUAUCAUUGUCAAGAAGAAGGACAUACCAAGCCAAGAUGUCCAAAACUUAGAAUUUUUGAUAAAAGAAGCAAUGUUGCGGCUCAAAUUCAAGAAGAGAAGAAAGAAGCAAGUUCAUUCCAACUUGAGCAACUCAUAAGUGCUCUUCAACCUUUUCUAAAAGGAGGAAGCACACCUUCGACUUUGGGAGCGACCGUGGCAUCUACUUCUUCAAGAUCGGAUAUCCAAGAAGAUGAUUGGGGAAGGUUUUAGAACAAAUAAUCUCUACUACAUAGACUUUUUGGACCUUUCAAGACCAUCUUGCAAUAUCUCCAAAGAAUGUGACAUUCAAA